AAAUUGACGUCUUGAACGCGCGCGGUCGCAAUUUUAAUGGUUCCUUCGAGGGUUAUUCCCGUGCAAAUUAAACGGACAGCUUUCACUCUGUGUCUGUGUGUGUGAGCACCUGUGAGUGCGUGCGUCUCUCUCUCUCUCUCUCUCUCUGUGUGUGAGUGCAGUUUAUAGAGGACUCGCUUAAGAAAUAUGGACUAAGAAGUCAACACACACACACAAAUGUCGGCGAUAUGUCCUGGAGCAUUUGCUGGCUUGAUUAGUCUAGGACCGAUUUGGCGAAGAACAACGAGGGAAAGACAUCAAACCCGGAUUUUAAUUAACCAAACAAAUACCAAACGAAUAUUUGUUGAAGAUCUCGCUAGUCCGCGUGGCAUGCAACCGUGUAGUCCAUCGGGAGUUGUCGCUAUGAUGCCGCCAUCGAAGAGUCCCAUCAUGGAAACCGCCGCCAGUGAUAGCAAUCAAACCAACAGCAAUCAAACGAAUACAGCAAGCAGCGAUGCCAAGCGCUCCUGUCCCUUGAAGUUCUCCAUUGCCAAGAUCAUGGAGCCGGACAAUAAACCGCCAACUAUAUCCACCCAACAGCAGCAGCAGCAGCAGCAGCAGCAACAGCAGCAGCAACAACUGCAGGAGGAUGAUCAACCCAAUCCGGAUAUGUAUGCCGAUUCCGAGCGCUCUUGCAGUCCGAUUGAGGUCACAGGCGAUGACGAUGAGGAACCAGCUGCAAUGGCUGCCAUCAACUACGAUUCGGCUUUCAAGAAAUAUGUGCCCGGCUCCAGCUCCAGCUCCAGCUCAGCCACAAUGUCAGCCACAGCAGCUUCGGCUUCAGCUUCGGCCGUGCAACAGUUUGUCAGCACACGGCACCAGGAGUUGCUAUCGCAGUACCCGCUGCUCUACUACGCACCCAAUCAGCUGAUGUGUGCCGCUGCUGCUGCCCAGUAUGCCGCAUUGACUGCCCAGCAGCAGACGCUGGCGAGUGCUGCGCACAUUAGCAGCUUCACUGCCUCCCUCAAUGCCACCCUGCAUCAUUCACAGUCGCUGCGUCGCAAUUUGGGACAUCCGUUGGCCGCCGCAGCCGCUGCUGCCGCAGUUGCUCAAUCGCAGUCGCAGCAACAGCCAGCAGCAGCCCAACUACCACAACAGAGUCUUGAGAAGUCUCCGAUUCGUACGCCACAUGCCCCGCAACAUGCUAGCCUCAAGCGCAAGCGUUCGCCACAAGCUGAUCUUACCACGCCGCCGUUGAGCCUGCCGCUAGCUUUGCCAUUGCCACCACCAGUUGCAAUGCCACCGCGCUCUCGUUCGCCAUCGCCGCACGGCUCGCUGGAGGACAACAGCAGCCCGGGCUCGGCCAAUGGCGGCAAGCCGAAGACCUUCUCGUGCUUGGAGUGCGGCAAGGUGUUCAAUGCCCAUUACAAUCUAACGCGCCACAUGCCGGUGCAUACGGGUGCCCGUCCGUUUGUGUGCAAGGUGUGCGGCAAGGGUUUCAGGCAGGCAUCGACGUUGUGCCGCCACAAGAUCAUACACACCUCGGAGAAGCCGCACAAGUGCCAGACCUGUGGCAAGGCCUUCAAUCGCAGCUCGACGCUCAACACCCACGCCCGCAUCCAUGCCGGCUACAAGCCGUUCGUCUGCGAAUAUUGUGGCAAGGGCUUCCACCAGAAGGGCAACUACAAGAACCACAAGCUGACGCAUAGUGGCGAGAAGGCAUACAAGUGCAGCAUCUGCAACAAGGCCUUCCAUCAGAUCUACAAUCUCACCUUCCACAUGCACACGCACAACGACAAAAAGCCCUACACUUGCCGGGUGUGCGCCAAGGGCUUCUGUCGCAACUUCGACCUGAAGAAGCACAUGAGGAAGCUGCACGAGAUUGGCGGCGAUUGCCUCGACGAUGAUUUGCCGCCGGCGUACGAGCGCCGACGGGCCUACACCCGACGGGAACCACUCUCCAACUACAGUCAGACCAGCCAGUUGACGCCGGACUCCUCGUCGGGCAGUAUGUCGCCGCCGAUUAAUGUGACCACCCCACCACUGUCCAGCGGCGAGGGCAGCAAUCCGGCCUGGACGCGCACAUCCUAUCAGGAGACAACUACCGCAGCACCGCCACCCACUAAUUUUCAUCAUCAUCUGCAACAUUUGCAUGCGCCGCCAGCCGGGUUGCAUGCUGAAUAUGCGGCCAGUUCCCCGUUCCUUCAACUAGCUCAUCCCGCACAACAGCAGCAUCAACAUCAACAACAACAGCAGCAGCAACAGCAUCAGCAUCAGCAGCAACAUCAUCAGCAGCAGCAGCAACGCUUGACAGCAGCUGCUCUGGAGAAUGUGCCGUUCAUAGCCAAGGUAUUUUGACAGAGAUACUAUGCGGAAAAUCUGGCCAGUUGUACGGCAACAGCAGCUUCUGCCGCUUCAGCGGCUGCCGUCGCCUCGAAAUCAGUGUCGACAAAGAGCUCAACGAGUUUGAGUAGCGCUGAUCUGUUGAUCGAUUGACUGCAGUUUGUUUCGACUGCUGCAACAAUGCCGCAGGAAGCUACAAACACUUCAGUCACGCAAGAACUUGAGGCUGCCUCAAUGGAGCUCAGUUGCACUACCCUCGGUAGUGCUGUGCGUGCCCUGAAUGGACUCUUCUAGGAUGCAGCCGGAGUAGAGCGACUUACUUGUCUACUUGUCAACCAGCAACCCACCAAAUGGUUUCAACAAUAACCUGUGCAAUAUAUCUAUAUAUAUACAUACAUGAAUAUUCAGUACCAAUCCAACUUAGCAGUAGGGAUAUCCCCGAUUCGAGCGAUCUAUGUUUGCAGCACCCAGGCUACGAAAAUAUACUUAGUAUGUGUGAUUUUUUGAGCGAAUUUAUGUCAAUUUUAUUUAUACAAGUGUAAAUAUU